CCAUCACCUUCAUCCAGACACUGAAACUUGUCAACUGAUGGGACAAAGAGCUGAGACACUUGGCUGUACUAGGACACAAAAACAUAGGUUUUAGGCAAAGAAUAUUUCCCCACCGUGGAGACUGACACCUGCCAAACCCUGUAACAUUCUUGGGAGGCUUUUCUAUCCCUCUUCUCCAUUUCCAGAUUUUCACACAUCAUGGUUCAUCAUGCCUAGUGGCAUAUAAAAAGACUCCACCUCCUGUCCCACCUCGGACCACAUCCAAGCCGUUCAUCUCUGUCACUGUGCAGAGCAGCACUGAGUCGGCGCAGGACACCUACCUGGACAGCCAGGACCACAAGAGCGAGGUGACCAGCCAGUCGGGGCUCAGCAACUCCUCGGACAGCUUGGACAGCACCAGGACACCCAGCGUGACCCGGGGGAGCGUCGUCACUCCAGCCAGAGACACCCCAGAGUUACCUCAGAAAAAUGCCACUUUGAAAAGUGACAAAGGGACUCUGACCAACGAAGAGCCUAAAGUGGAGAACGUCCCCAAAAGAAAGCUGUCGUCUAUAGGAAUACAAGUUGACUGCCUUCAGCCAGUGGCAAAAGAGGAACCUCCUCCACCAGCCACCAAAUUCCAGUCCAUCGGGGUACAGGUAGAGGACGAGUGGCGAAACAGCCACUCUCGCAGCAUGUCCUCCAAACAGGACACAGACUCUGACACACAGGAGCCCAAUAACUCUAGCUGUAAAUCAUCUGAGAGAAGCCUCGCUGAGUGCCCCCAGCACAACAACUCCGUCGGUGUUGAUGCCAGCACCAGGCAACCAGCCAAGCCCUCACAGAUUAAGAGAAACCUCUCCUAUGGAGAAAACAACGACCCAGCCCUGGAGCCUUCUUCUCUCCCUCCUCCUGACCCCUGGCUUGAGACGUCCUCCACCUCGCCCUCGGAGCCGGCGCAGCCGGGGCCCUGCCGGCGGGACGGCUUCUGGUUCCUGAAGCUGCUGCAGGCGGAGACGGAGCGGUUGGAAGGCUGGUGCCGUCAGAUGGACCAGGAGACCAAAGAGAACAAUCUCUCUGAGGAAGUCUUAGGAAAAGUCCUGAGUGCAGUGGGCAGUGCACAGUUACUAAUGUCACAGAAGUUUCAGCAAUUCCACGGCCUCUGUGAACAGAACUUGAACCCUAAUGCCAAUCCCAGACCCACAGCCCAGGACUUGGCUGGAUUUUGGGAUCUCCUCCAGCUGUCCAUUGAAGACAUCAGCAUGAAGUUUGACGAGCUGUACCACCUGAAAGCUAAUAGCUGGCAAUUGACAGAGACACCGGAGAGAAAGGAAGAGAAGAAACCACCCCCUCCAGUGCCAAAGAAGCCAGCCAAGUCCAAAUCGCAGCUGAACCGGGACAAGGCGUCCGACUCGGACAAGCAGCGCCAGGAGGCGCGGAAGCGGCUGAUGGCAGCCAAGCGCGCGGCAUCCGUCCGGCAGAACUCGGCCACGGAAAGCGCCGACAGCAUCGAGAUCUACGUCCCCGAGGCACAGACCCGGCUCUGAGCACAGGGCUUUUUGUAAGUCAUUAAAGAGGAAACAAAAAGGUUCUCUCGACACUAGUGUGAUUUGUUCUGUCUAGAGACAAUGAGCCAUCCUUGAAAAGGGCUCCUGAGUUGGCUUUUUUCUCUCAGCUUUAAGUAAUGAAGAUUUUGACAAAAAAA